AUGGAUCUCCUUCAUAGCAAUGGCGUGCUUAUCAUUCAGCAUUUACAGAGGGACUACAGGGCUUACCAGGAUUUCCUUAAUUUUAUGUCACAUGUUGGAGAUCCCCGGAAUAUAUUCUCAAUUUAUUUUCCUCUUUGGUUUCAGCUCAACCAAGUGGUUGGUACUAAAAUGAUAUGGGUGGCAGUCAUUGGUGAUUGGUUCAACCUCAUAUUUAAAUGGAUUUUAUUUGGCCAUCGCCCAUACUGGUGGGUGCAAGAAACAAUGAUUUAUCCCAAUCAGUCAAGCCCAUGCCUUGAACAGUUUCCUAUAACAUGUGAAACUGGACCAGGAAGCCCAUCUGGACAUGCCAUGGGAUCUUCCUGUGUCUGGUAUGUAAUGGUCACAGCAGCACUUAGCUACACAGUUAGAUGGAAAGAUAAAUCAGCAGUUACCCUUCACAGAUUGACAUGGUCAUUCCUCUGGAGUAUUUUUUGGAUUAUCCAGAUCACUGUGUGCAUCUCAAGAGUAUUCAUAGCAACACAUUUCCCUCAUCAAGUUAUUCUUGGAGUAUUUGCUGGCAUUCUUGUGGCAGAAGCAUUUGAGCAUACCCCUGCUAUUCAGACAGCAAGCUUGAGAAUGUACAUCAAGACAAACUUGUUUCUUUUCAUCUUUGCCCUUGGCUUUUAUCUAGUCCUCAAGCUUCUUGAUAUUGACUUGCUAUGGUCUGUUCCAAAGGCCAAGAAGUGGUGUGCCAACCCAGACUGGAUAAACAUUGACACAACUCCAUUUGCUGGACUGGUGAGGAAUUUAGGUGCGCUCUUUGGCUUAGGUCUUGGAAUUAAUUCUGAAAUGUUCAUCACAAGCUGCAAAGGUAAAAAUAGCUGUAAGAUAAGUUUCCGCAUAUUGUGUAUAGCUGCUUCCUUAGCUACACUGCAGCUGUAUAAUUUCGUUAAGAUACCUACUCAUACUGAGUAUUUGUUCUACAUUCUCUCUUUUUGUAAGAGUGCAGCUAUGCCUCUGACUGUAGUUGCCUUGGUUCCGUACUGUGUCCACUCGUUAAUGAGGACAACUGAAAAGAAACUUAAUUAG